GGGAAAAGGCAAACACAACUGAAAAACGAUUCAGCAUUGGCAUCUAAACAAAAAGCUCUUGAAAUAAGAUUAAAUCUUUACGGAGAAAAUCAUUCCAACACAGCACUAAGCUACCACGAAAUUGGAAUCACACAAAAUAAGUUGGAAGAUUACAAGUCAGCAUUAGUUUCAAACCAACAUGCUCUUCAAAUCAGAUUAAAAUUGUAUGGAGAAUAUCAUCCCGACACAGCACAAAGUUACCACGAAAUUGGAUGCACACAAAGUAACCUGAAAGAUUACAAGUCAGCAUUAAAAUCGUAUCAACAUGCUCUUCAAGUCAGAAUAAAGCUUAAUGGAAAAUACCAUUCUGACUCUGGACAUAGCUACCAUCAAAUUGGGUUCAUACACCAUAAUUUGAAAGAUUACAAGUCUGCAUUAGAGUCAUACCAACAUGCUCUUGAGAUCAGAUUAAAACUAUUUGGAGAGUAUCAUUCGUGCACUUCAUUAACUUAUCACAACAUUGGAGUCGCACAACUUGAGAUGACAGAUUACAACUCAGCAUUAGAGUCCCAUCAGAAAGCACUUCAAAUCAGAUUAAAAUUGUUCGGAGAAGAUCAUCACGAAACUGCGCGAAGCUAUCGUGAAAUUGGAGUGACACAUCGCAAAAUGAAAAGUUACAAGUCGGCAUUGGAGUCAAAUCAACAUGCUCUUGAGAUCAGAUUAAAAUUGUUUGGAAAAGAUCAUCGUGCUACUGCUCAAAGUUAUGAUGGUAUUGGAGUCACGCAAUAUGAUAUGAAAAAUUACAAAUCAGCAUUACAGUCACGUCAACAUGCUCUUCAAAUCAGAUUAAAAUUGUUUGGAGAAGAUGAUCCUGAAACUGCUCGAAGUUAUCACAACAUUGGAGUCACACAAUACCAGAUGACAGAUUACAACUCAGCAUUAGAAUCCCUGCAGAAAGCACUUCAAAUCAGAUUGAAAUUGUUUGGAGAAGAUCAUCGUGACACUGCGCGAAGCUAUCUUGAAAUUGGAACUACCCAUCGCAAAAUGAAAAGUUACAAAUCAGCAUUACAGUCACAUCAACAUGCCCUUCAAAUCAGAUUAAAAUUGUUUGGAGAAGAUGAUCCUGACACUGCUCAAACUUAUCGUCAUAUUGGGCUCACACAACAUAGCAAGCAAUCAAUGCAAGACUACAAAUCUGCUUUAGAGUCAUAUCGAAAAGCUCUUCAAAUCAGAAUAAGACUCUAUGGAGAGUAUCAUCCUGACACUGCCCAAAGCUAUCAGGAUAUUGGAAUCAUACAAGACCUUUUGAAAAACUAUAAAUGA